UAGAGCUCAAUUUGGAAAAAUUUAAAAAUCCAUUAACUGAAAAGAGAUAAUAAGGUGAAAAAUGGCUGGAGUCACAGCAACAAUGGUCCAGACCACCCGCGUUAUGGUUCGCACCGCAUUGGGUUCGAGAGUUUUUGGCUCCAACCCUACACUAAUUACCCACCCCCAGGUGCGAUUUGUGUCGUCACCCUCGCCGUCGGAUACAGCCAAGCGUGCUAUCGACGAGCUGAAAAACGCUGGGAGCCAAAUUAAAGAGAAAACAGCUUCUCACGCAGGCUAUGUGGCGAACCAAUCGAAAGCUGCCGCCGGAGCGACAGAGAACAUUACCGAGAAAGCAAAGCAAUCAGCACAAGAAGCUUGGAGCGCCACUAAGGACGCCGCCCAGAAAGUGCAAGAUACAGUGGUUGGAAAAGCCGAGGCGUCUGCUGAUGUUGUCAAAGAUCAUAUCGAAGCUGCAAAACGCACCAUCAACACCAAAUAAUUAAGAUUGCAUCAAAUAUUGUUAUUUUUGGUGCACUUUGUUUAAUAUUUUAAAUUUAUAUAUAAUAACUACAAUGAAGCUUACGAGGA